AUGACUAAGUCCAACGUUACCGCAAAAGAUGGAUCCAACGGCAAUUUGUCCAUGAUGGCCAGCUCCUCCCUUGACGCCAGUGCCAAGAUUUAUGCUGGCCGAGUCGACGCCGUGCAUCAGGAAACCUACAAGGUGUUGACUGGUCUGGGUCGAUCCGAUUCCAAGAAACCUCCAACGGAAGCAGACGCUAGAGAUCCCGAUGAUGAAGAUGAACAACCAGACAACGCGGAUGGUGAUUCUAAAGCCAAAGCGAGAGAGAAGAAACGGUCGGCCAGUUCCAAAAAUGUCAUAAUUACCUCUCUGAAUAAAAUCCGCGCAAAGGUCAAAGCAUCGGACGCCGAUGUUGACCCCCUCUUUCAGCAACAGGCUGUCGCCUACGACGAAGGCGGAACUGUGGAACUCCGCCUAAACCGCUUGCGUACUCACUCGAAAUACAGUGAAUUACUCCAGGACUCAAAUACCCCUCUUUUCCGGCAUCCUAUAUUUCCACGGGAUAACUCCUCGGUUGGCUCCGUGACCCCUACCCCCAUGGCGCUGGCCUCUCCAGAUCACUUAACUGACUAUGGCCUGGGCAAUGACGAUGAUGAUGACGCCGGUCCGAUGGAGGUAACUAAAGUUGAGGAAGAAGAACAAAUCGUCCAGCACGCAAGCGAGCCUUCUUCUAAGGCUGUAGCUGUCAGUGAACAGUCUUCCACUCCUGGCGAUGGAGAGGUUUUCGUAUCAAGCCUAAAAUCCAUGCUGACAGUUCAUCUAGAAAACUUUGGUCAGAUCAAUGAUGGCAUUCUGGGCCUUUGGGCAGGUCCCGAGCACUGGAGGAAGAAGGCUAAGCGCCGAAGACUUGAUGAAUUUGGCAGUGAGUUUGAACUUAUUUUUGCCUGCUUUCACUUUCAAUAG